AUGGAGUGUCUUAACCCGCGCAUUCCAUAUGCGAAAUGGCGCCUACAUGCGUUACGGCAGUUGUUUGCAAGCUCGCGUUUCCCCGCGACUGCUCACGCAACCAACCGAGGCAUUUCAACCACACCACGGCGACAAAACAAGAGCGCCGACGAAGCUCCUGAACUUGAGAAAACAGACAGCAACAACGCAAGCCCGAAUAGCAUACCACCUUCUAAGCGCCUUCCUCAAUCUCCACUUCUCACCCAUCCGCGCCCCGGACCCGAAAAGAACCGCAAAAGACGCCCGACAACGCACGAAACAGACCAACUGAGCAAGAAUCCAUGGGCUGUAGCUCUAGCAUCUCCGAUCCGCAUGUGUGGUGUAACAGGAGCGAGACUUCCGGCUGCCCUUCUUGGAGAAUGGGGCCUGGUGCGACAACAAGAAACAGACCAGCUACAUUUCAUGCCCGUGGGUCUACUACAAGACUCGCUGCAGCACAACAAAGCCCCAAACUCCAAACGCUCUUCAGAUGUAACCACUGCAGAGGAUAUCGAAGAUCAGAAAGUGGACGCGGAUGUAUCUGGCGAGAGCAAGAGCCCAACUGCCGACACACCAACCCCUUUGGUCCAGCAAAACAACCAACAAGGACGUCAACUCCUACUUCGAAUCGUUGAGCUUUUGCCACUUCUUCGAUUGAUGUCAGUGCCACUUUCAAAGAAAGGUGGUAAGAAACCCGCCGUUCUGCGGUUGUUGCCGUUCCGAUGGAAGCAUCCCCAAGGCCCAAUCAAGGCGAGCGAGGAACAGAAAAUCAACUGGAUGUCGAAUAUCCCCGAUAUCGUACUCCAGAGCAUGAGAAGACAUGUCUGUAAGAAGCUGGAUGCUGCCUCUAACAAGUACAAGCAUGUUGGUAAAUUCAAUGGCGUGUGGAGAGCUGUCGAUUUGUAUGAAUACUCGGAUUCUGCAGUGGAAGAUGCCCUUGGGCGCCUAGAGCCGUUCGAGCGCAUGGAAUGUGGAGGGCUACUGCUGCUUGGAUCAAAGCCUGAUGGAGCCUCUCCUGGGUCAAAUGGCUCAUAUCUGGACUCUGUUGCUCUCCCACAGACCAGAUCCCAGAUUCCGGUGUUUGAUCUACCGAGUCUUCUCUCGGAGUCUGACCUGGCCAAGCUGCGCGAAUCCCAUCCGAAGUUCCAACACACGGCAUUGUUUUUCAGACCUGACAACGAGAUGACCAUUGAUGCAAUGAUAUCUUUGUGGAGGCUAAAGCGACUUCUUGCCAAGCUGGAUUUGCCUGAAUGA